UUUACAUUUCUUAUAAAAACGAUUUAUAAAUACAUUGUUUUCGGAUAAGACAGCUCGUCAGUGAUUUAAGCAAGUGUUGAUGCUGUGAUGUGUUUGAAAAACUGUAUUUGUCAACAUUUUGAUGGGAUGCAUGUUUUGCUAAACAGUGGCAGCAAGUUGGAUUUUCGACAGAGUUCUGUACAUGACCAUGCGGCCCCACCUGUCUCCAAGGAAAGGGCGUGCUCGGAGGGAGAUCUACUUUUUGUAGCGUCCCCAAAAACCAGACCAUUGCACUUGGUGUGGCCGGUGACAGGCGGAAGAUGAAACUUGAAAAUGGCAACAAAUCCCGCGAACUGUGCGACAGACUGACGAGGGACUCACUUGCUACUGGAUGGAAGGUGCUACCAGAAACAAGACUUGCAGCGCAAGCCUGGGUGGAGAAUGAAAUCCCUGGAGAAAGCAGACAACUGCUAGUUUCCUCGGAAAAACCCCUUCAAAUUCACGGUGUAGUCAAUCUCAGUGAUCAAAGCUAUACCGAGAAAAAUCCAAAGAAGAGAACAAAGAAGCAGAAGAAGACAAAUUUACAGAAGCGAUUAGAGAGACUCGCGGUCUUAUUGAAGCCUCCUUACUUUAUAGUUACCAUUAUCUGUGUUAUGGUAUGCAUCCACUUGUUGGUCUCAGAGGAAGUUCGAGACAUGCUGGAGUGGACUCCAGAGAAGUGGCGGACAGAACCUUGGCGUCUCCUAACGUACGGCUGUAUCCACGCCAAUCACCUACAUCUAGCACUAAAUGCACUUGUAGCUUUAGCUGUAGGUUGGCGCUUAGAAAGAGAACAAAGGUGGUGGCGCCUCGUGCUGUUGUGGUGCGGAGGAGUGAUCGCCGGAGCCCUAGGCGCUGGAGUCCUGCAGCCCCAUGUACCGGUGGUCGGGUCUUCGGCUGCAGUGUACGCACUUCUAACGGCUCAUUUACCAAACGUUUGCUUGAGAUUUGGCCACAUACCACUGUGGUGGUUCCGUCCAUUGUCCGUGGUAGUGCUAAGCGCGUCUGAAGGUUACUGUGCGCUGCUCCCGUCGGUGCCGCCCCCCCAGAGUGCCGCCGCAGCUGCCCGCGCGCCCCCCUCCACUCACAUCGCUUGGUCGGCGCACGUCUUGGGAGCUGCUGCAGGAAUACCUCUUGCGUUCAUCGUUUUCACUGGUGAAAACGAAGGCAAACGCUAUAUCGUCAUAGCUAGAAUUGUAUCAGCGUUGGUGCUACUUUUAGGAGUGAUAAUGUCCGCUAUACAUUUCGCACACGUGACUGAAAAGGACAAGUGAUAAAGAGCUUCUUGCAGACAACUGAAACUGAUGCAGAGGAUCCAUAUUACUUACGAGUCAUAGAGCCAGGUGGUCUAGUGAGGUACACUAGAGAGAAUCUACAACAUAUACUGACAUAUCAUCAGUGACGUCAGUGGUCACACACAGAUGCACAUGACAAAUUAAAGGGGUAUAGUGCUAUCCAUUCGCCAUCAUAAUAAUAAAUUGCGCUGGCAAUCAUUUCAAAAAUUAUUUUGUAUAAAUUGCUAACUAGAUAAUUUUUCCAAGGAGGAUACCCUCUUUGCAGGCCUACUGUGCAGAGUACUGUUGCUGACCAAGUCCAUGAAAGCUAUUAAAUAUUCUCCAUAUUAUGAUUUUGCGAACGAUCAAAAUGAAUAUAAUGUUUUAGUCUUUUCCGUUUCUCGACAUAUUGUGAUAUUAUGAUUACAAUUUUAAGUUUAAUAAAGUUAAGUUACUAAUGUGAUUAAAAUUACCAAAGAUAUUUAAUUUUAAUUAGUGUUCAUUGAAUAUUCAAUUUUAUUUCAUCAGAUAUUCU